AUGUAUGCAAUGUUACGAACCAGACAUGAAAUUUUCUACGCUGUGGGUAUAGUCAGUGGGUAUCGGUCAAAUCAAGGAUUCGAUCACUCAAUAUUAGUCAAACACAUUAUGAAGUAUCUUAGGAUAACGAGGGACUAUAUGCUAGUAUAUUACGGAGAGAAUUUGAUUCCAAUCAGUUAUAUAGAUUCUGACUUCCAGUCCGACAAAGAUUCUAGGAAAUCUACGUCUGGAUCUGAUUUCACACUUCGGGGUGGAGCAAUUAUAUGGAGGAGUAUAAAGCAAGCUUGCAUUGGUGACUCCACCAUGGAAGCAGAAUAUGUUGUUGAAAGCGAAGCAACAAAGGAGGUUGUGUGGCUUAGGAAAUUUUUGGGUGAUCUAGAAAUUGUUCCAAACAUGAAUAAACCAAAUUUACUCUACUGUGACACCAGCGGAGCAGUUGCCAACUCAAGAAAAGAAGAGAAGCCAUAA